CAUGUUUGUUUUUUACUAAUACUAAAGAAAAAAUAAAAUAAAAAUUAGUAAAUAAAAAUAUUAAUAAGUGAUAAAUAUAAAUAUUUAAUAAUACUACUUAUUUACAUAUUAUUUAACUUAACGAUGGCAUUUUAAAUAUUUAUAACUUAAAAGCACUAAUCUAUAGUAGUAUUAAAUUAUGCUUUAUAGAAAUCUCAUUUGUAAAGAACGUUAAAAAAGGUGUUUAUUAAUUUAAUGCUCAAAAGUUAAAGCCAUGGAACAGAAAAAAACAAGUAUAAUGUUUUACGAAAUAUGUAGAUUGUGUUUAGAGGAACGCGGGCACUGCGACAUAUUUGAGAGAGAUGGUUUACCAGAAGACAUACACAGUUGUACUGGAGUUAAGGUGUCGCUGUCAGACAAUUUGCCACAGAGAAUAUGUAAAAGUUGUUUGAGAAUUGUGAAUAAGGCAACACAACUCAGAAUAAUUGCUAAAAGAAAUGAACAUCAUCUCCUGGCAUUGUUUAGUGAUGAAGAUACAGAUAGAACAGAGGAGCAAGGAACUAAGGAACCAGUGUCCAGCACCAUUUCUGACAAACAAAAGUCGUCACCCGAGAAAAGCUCUGUCAUUGACAAGUUUCUGACAGUGAGAACUGACCUUUUCGAGUCUUCAGUGCCAGAGAAAAAAGUACAGAGGAAGGAAAAAGAGUCAAUAUUGCAGAAUAAAGCAGUAGACAGUCUACCUGACAGCUCACAAAAGCCAGAAAUUAUAAAAAGAUUAAAUCGUGAUGAUGGCAAUACUGAGUAUAAAUGUAAUGUAUGUUCAAAGAAAUUCGACAAAUGGAAAAAGUUAUACCUACACAACAGACUGCACAACAAGAACUAUGCGUGUCCACUAGACGCGUGCGGCAAGAAAUUCUCCACCAAGGGGGAUGUGGACAAACACAUAAGAACACACACAGGAGAGAAACCAUACCAGUGUGAUGUAUGUGAAAAGAGUUUCACUCAACGCGGCACUCUUAAGGUGCACAAGGAAACAAAGCAUAGUGUGUCAUGAUCCACACGAGCUUGAAAGCUCAGGUUUAAAUUGUUCUCAAAACACUGUCUAAGGACAUAUAUUUUGCUUCAU